GCAGGUUUGUCGUGUUGCGAGCGUCUCCCGGGCGACAGAGGACUUCCUAAACGAACAGAAGCGGACUGUUUGCAUCCAAUGCGAUUGUAGGAGUCGGGCUACGAGAUCUGAGCAUACGGACAUCGGGCGAGAGUUUAAAAUAAAUACUUGGAUUAAUAGGGCGGAAGAAGGCUUGGGAUAGCACACCUAAUAAUUAAGUGUAUUAGCAUUGUAUAUCAAUGACGGGUUAAGACGAGCUCGACUGAAAGCUAGAUUGCUAACUGGCUAACCUACUAAAACUUGGAAGGUCAGCUGAGCUGUUGGAGGUUGCCAAAGUAACAGGAACUGGGCAAACACAAACCCGCCUGCAGUCUGGCGUAGUAGCCCGUGACAAAACCUGGAGACCUUGGUUGUGAAACCUUUACCUGUCGAGAGGCGCUGAACCGUAUGACUGGGUUCGACCCGUUCGACCCUAGAUCCUACACAUUAGCGUGGCUAUAGCAUUUCCGGGGAAACACCGAAAUAACGUUUCUUGUAUUGCCUGUCAAUUAAUAGAGUCUCUUAUUCACGUAGUCCGUUAAUGGCUAGGAUAUCAAUUAUUUCAUCCAAUUUGAUUUCAGUUAUAUUAUGUUCUACUGUCUGUUAUCUUAGUUGUAAGCUUAGAUCAUUUACACGAUGAACAUCUCUGAAGUUGAAGAGCACAUCUCCCAGAAGUAUGACAUUAAGAAAAGGCUGGGGAAAGGGGCCUAUGGGAUCGUGUGGAAGGCUGUGGACAGGAGAAGUGGAGAGGUUGUAGCCGUGAAGAAGAUCUUUGAUGCCUUCAGGAACAGGACCGAUGCACAGAGGACGUUCAGAGAGAUCAUGUUCCUUCAGGAGUUUGGAGAUCAUCUCAACAUCAUCAAGCUGCUCAAUGUCAUUCGGGCUCUGAACGACAAGGACAUCUACCUGGUGUUUGAGUACAUGGAGACAGAUCUGCACGCGGUCAUUAAGAAGGGGAGCCUGCUGAAGGACAUUCACAAGCGCUACGUCAUUUACCAGAUCCUCACUGCCACCAAGUACCUGCACUCUGGGAACGUGAUCCACAGGGACCAGAAGCCCUCUAAUGUGCUGUUGGACAGGGAGUGCCAGGUGAAGCUGUGUGAUUUUGGGCUGGCCCGCUCGCUGAAGCAGGUGCAGGAGGAGGAGGGGAACCCCACGCUCACGGAGUACGUGGCCACGCGCUGGUACCGGGCCCCCGAAAUCCUGCUGGGCUCCCCCAGGUACACCAAAGGUGUGGACAUGUGGAGUGUGGGGUGCAUCCUGGGUGAGAUGCUGCUUGGGAAACCGCUUUUCCCCGGAACCUCCACCAUCAACCAGGUGGAGCGGAUCCUGAGCACGGUGCCCCGCCCUUCUGCCGAGGAUGUGCAGUCCAUUCACUCUGAGUAUGGGGCCUCUGUCAUACAGAGAAUGCUGCUUCGGCCGCAGGUGCCUCUGGUGGAGAUGCUGCCUGCCUCAGUGGCUCCUGAUGCUCUGGACCUUUUGCAGCAGCUGCUUGUGUUUAACCCUGAUAAGAGGCUGAGCGCAGAACAGGCCCUACAGCACCCCUACGUCUGCAGGUUCCAUAACCCCGCCCAGGAGCCCAGCCUGUCCUAUGAGGUGGUCCUGCCUGUGGAUGACUGGGUCCAGCUCUCUGUGGCACAGUAUCGCAACAAACUGUAUGAGAUGAUCCUGGAGAAGCGGAGUAUCCUCCGUCGGACGCAGCUGAAACAGGGGGCGGGGCGGGGGGCGGAGUCUGGUGAUCAGGUGAGGAGGGAAGAUGGAGGGCAGGCCCAAUCAGAGGCCUCUGAGCCCUCCCCUGCUGUCCCCCCCCAAGCCCCCCCCACCAGGGAGAGAUGCAAACCCGUGCCCUACAACUCCAUCACACACACAGGUUCGAAUGCUUUGGCUCCUCCCACACAAAACCCCUCAGUGCCAGCCAAUCAACAGCGCCCCCUGGGUGCCAAAGGGAGGCAGGAGAAUGCAGUAGUGCAACCACCAGAUGGCGCUAACAGCACUAGUGUUCUGCAGCGUGGGUGUUCUGCCCCCACGUCUCACGCCCGCACCAGCACCCUGGACUUCCCACACCCCCAAAACAACCCACUGCUGCGUCGCAUCGAACCUGCAGCCGCCAGAGGUGCCAUUACCUCUACACAAGCGAGCCAGCCCGGCCCGUCCCCGGCCCGGGAGACGCGCGCCCCCCCCAGGUACAGCAGGAAGGUGUUCCAGAACUCAGCCAACGUGGGGGCGGCGGGGGACCCGCGGGCCAAGCUGGGCAGCUACUCACAGGCCUACGGCACCAUCAACAGGACCGAGCUGGAGAACCUGCGCAGGACCCGCAACAGCUAGCGACAGCUAGCAAAGCCACGGAGCGGGGGGGGGGGGGGGGGCCUCACACGACACGCCCCCUGGGGCUUUCCAGAGCACCCACAGGAGUUGCCGCGGCUACGUGCAUAACCACGGCGACGGUAGAGGGCUGAUGAGGGCCUCCGUGUCGGCUGGGUGACUCCCCUCUUCGCCAGCAGUUGCACUUCGAGACGAGAAUCUGAAGUCAGUCUGAAUGAACUGUGAAUAACCGCUAACACUGGGAAGCCAUUUACAAACUGUGACGACCUGCAAUAAAAUGAUCGCCACGGCAACCGAUGUGACACAGGUGUGUCAUGGAAUAAAAUGUGCUUAGGCUGCCAGUCAAAAAAAAUAUCGCUCGGUAAUUAUGAAACAGAAACUGUGAUUUAGCACAAAUGUCUAAAAUGUCUGGGUAGUUCACAUUUCUCUGUGUUGUGCUUCCGCAGAUAAAAUUAUGGUAAAGGGACUUACAGAA